AUGGAGAACACCUCAGAGCUGGUUUUUGUUCUUCAGGGUCUGAACGCCUCUCUGACAAAUCGUCACGUGUACUUCUCGUUCGCCCUCGUGUCGUACCUGCUCACCAUCUUCAUCAACCUGACGCUCAUCGUGGUCGUGUGGCUGGAGAAGUCGCUCCACGAGCCCAUCUACAUCUUCCUGUGUAACCUUUGUUUUAAUGGAAUCUGCGGGGCGUCCAGCUUCUACCCCAAACUCCUCCACGACCUCCUGGCCGACUCGCACGUCAUCACGUACGCCGGCUGCCUGACUCAGAUCUUCGUGGUUUAUAGUUACGUGUUUGUUGAGUUCACAAGUCUGACCGUCAUGGCGUUCGACCGUUACCUGGCGAUUUGUAAGCCGCUGCAGUACCACACGGUGAUGACCACGCAGCGAGUGGUGCAGCUGCUGCUCCUCACCUGGAGUUUCUCGCUGCUGGAGAUAUCAGUGGGCGUAACGCUGACCGCCCGCCUGCCGCUCUGCGGGCGCCACAUCCCCAAAAUCUUCUGCACCAACUGGGAGGUAGUGAAGCUGUCGUGCUCCGACACCGUGGUCAACAACAUCUACGGCUUCGUGCUCACGUUCUCGCACAUCUCGCAGACAGUUCUCAUCGUGGUGUCCUACACACACCUGGUCCGCGCCUCGCUGCGUGUCCACGCCAACCGCAGGAAGUUCAUACAGACGUGUCUGCCACACCUGGUCACGCUGCUCGUCUUCACCAGCUCGCUCAUGUUUGACGUCAUGUACUCUCGUUACGGCGGCGGCGAGCUGCAGAUGGUGAAGAACGCACUGGCGGCAGAGUUCCUGGUGGUCCCGCCCCUCAUCAACCCCAUCAUCUACGGCAUCAACCUGCACCAGAUCCGCUCCAGGAUCCUCCAGAACUUCAGCCACAAACCCAAAACUCUGAAACCAAGACCACGUCAACAAGAAAUGAUUCAAAACUAA